AUGGACACCCCUUGUGCCCCCAUUGAUUUCGAAAAUCAUCAGUUAAGGGCCAAGCCACCUUCUGAACCCUCCGAACCUUCAGCCGAAAGUGUAAAGGGUCUUGUAGGACAACUCACGGAUGCUCUCGUAGUUGUUCAAGGGGAAUCAAUGCCAUCAAUCGUACAAGCUACUGGAUCUGGGGAGGCCGAGAUAGAGUCCCCUGAUGAUCCGGAUGACUGUGGUUAUGAGAUUCGACCCACGGGAACACCGCUCGGCGACGGCAUGUUUGCAACAAAAAACAUCAAGCCCGGCACUGUUAUCCUCUCCGAGCCUUCCCUUAUCACCCUCGAAGUAUUCAAAUUCCAAGAUCAUCGAAUGCGAGAACGUGAACUGGCCAUAUGCCUCCACCGUCUCUCGCCAACAGAUAAGAGACAUGUCGAAAGUCUGGACCCCAGUGCUUCUAUCCUUGAGAUCUUCGACGCGAACGCCUUUUGGCUCCAGGGGAAAUACAUGGUUAGACGACUGUACCGCGAGAUCUGCAAGAUCAACCACGCCUGCAAGCCAAACGCCGUUCUCCACCAUAAGGAGGAUGGGGCCGGUGAGGUCCACGCAUUGCACCCUAUCUCCAAGGGCACGCAAAUCCACAUCCACUACCUAUCGCUCGGCGUUCCCAAGGCACAGGUAGAAGAUAAAUACGGCUUUGCAUGCAGGUGCAAUGCAUGUUUGGGUAUAGAAACAGAUAGUGAGGCGCUAGAUGCGCUAGGUGAGCCAGAUGCUCCGCCAUAUGAGCCAGCUGCAUCGCCAGAUGGGCAAGCUGUGUCGCCAGGCGACCAAGCUACGUCGCCAGAUGACCUAUCUACGUCGCUAGACGAUCCCGAUGACCCAGAUGACCCAGACGCCCCAGAUGCUCCAGAUGCUCCACCGGCGAUCUUACCAGUAGACGUCAGCUCUCUCCUUGAUUCAGAACGAGAAUCGGACUUUCCGGGAGAGGAAGUACCUGUUUACCAGAUAGGGGAAGGGGCUGUUUACGAGGCAGGGAGGGAACGAAAGAUAAAGGUGCUCUAG